AGCAUUAACAGUGCAAGCAUUGGCAAACACGGUAACACAAGAUAGCAACAUGAAAAUAACAAUGGUCUUCAUGGUCUUGGCGAUCGUGGUGUGCGCCAUGGUCCAGGAAUCCGAACAAGUAUUUUGGUACGUCGCCCCCAUGUCAAUGGACAGCCCCAAUGAAUCUAGUGAUCAGCCAAAAAAUGGAUUAGAUCAAUGGUCUGAUAUGAAUGAUUCACGGAUGAAUGAUUCACGGAUGGACCACUCAGAGAUAGACCAUUCACGGAUGAAUCAUCAGAAAGAACGGAUCAUCCCAAAUCGAUUCCAAGAUCAACCCCUAAGAAGAUUGCAACAUCCGCAAGUGCAGAUAUAAGUGCAUCAAGGGAAAGUGUAUAAAGUGGAUAACAAUUGCAAAUGACGAGAUCCCGGGGACAACAUGCAGUUACCACAACAAGGAUAAGAAAUGCAAAAACUAUUCAGGAAGGAAAUAAUGACAAAAUAUUAAGAUUUUAUAGCAUAAAUAAUAUAAUUAUUAUAUUUAAUAAAAUAAAUUAUCACUGAGAGUAGUAGCUGAAUUGAAUAGCAAUAAAAAUAUAUCAAAUACUUGAAAAUA